AUGUUAUAAGCGUUUGAAGCUAAAGGUAUUGGGUCUCAGUCAUUAUAUGAAGAUGGCCAUUAGUAUCAUGGUGCACACAGAUCACGAGUUUCAGGCAAAAAGAGAUGAAUAUAUUGAAUUCAUCUUCUAUCCCGUAACCAAACUCUUUGAAGCUAGUGAAACAAAUGACUGAAUCGUCGAGUGCCCACACCUUGCGAACUUUUGGAAUUAUCAUAAAAUCGUCUCCCACCACUCGAAAAGCUCUUCAGAAGCAGUCUUCUCUCUAUUUUAACAUAAUCGUGUUAAGGUUUAAAGCACUGGAGGGCGAUCUGGUUGCUCAAGGUCGCGCCCGGCAUGUUCUCCCUUUUUCAGUCAAUUUAAAGAGCUGCUCUGCUCCUAUUAUUUAGUGUUCUAAAUCAUAAACAACAUAUUUGUUCUUAGAGCUUUUAAACUCUACUUUACACUUGGAACCACUUAAUGUACUUUCAGAUCACAUCCAAUAUAUUUUCACAACAAAUGUCAUCGUCAUAAUAUCGGACAUUAGUUUACGUAUUCAAUCCCUGGCUAAGCGCUUAUUGCCUACCUUGACGGUCGCAUAUGUAAAUGGAUUUAACGUUUCCAAGUCAUACAUUCUAUGGUGUUGAGUUCCCGGCAGUAGUAAACAAUGUAGAGACUGCUAUUGAAAUGCUUGGUGGACUCAGUCAAAUAUCUGAGCUAAUAAUAAACGGGGGUUAUUUCAUAUCGUAUUUGGUCCUCAUUUGUACAAGCUAUUGGUCUACUAUCUUUAAAAUCUGCGUUGUCUGCAGGUAUUCGCUGACGACAAACGUCGUUUAAAUCUCACUUUUCGUCCGCAUAUGGUGUAUUCAAAGCCUGCUUGUGGAGAUGGUCAUUCGUCCAACUCAUUUGUCAUACGUAUUCAACGUCUUAGGAACAAGGUAACAGGCGAGCUCAAAUUAGUUCCUGUUAUUCUGGGACGCGUAACUCGGGUUUAUAAAUUCGAUGCCAUGGCUGAUUUUCAGUUUGGUCCAUUUGAGCGUAUUCCAACUACAGAUAAAAGUGAAGGAUCUAAAGUUAUUCCACCUAAUUAUAAAAUAUUCUACAAUGAUCUCAUAAUCAAGGAUCCAACAACAAUGAUUGAUUCUUAUUUAUCUCGUGAUAUGCCGUUGUAUCUCCCACCGGUCUUGUUUAGUCGCCAAGAUACCCCAAGUUUUUACAAUUUCGCUCCUCGUUAUCGCACGACUGAGUACAUUCAACUUGAAGAAAAGAGUCAUAAACUCCCAGUUUCAAGAAAGGCUCGACCGACGUUUGGAUAUCUAGUGAACUUGGAUGACGUAACUCCUACUUCUCCUAGGCCUGGAGCUAUACAACGUGUAAUAAAUCUUGGACUAUCUGCUAUUCAAGUAAAGGAUGAGAUUCAAAAACUCUUCGAUGAGAGACCGAUUUGGAUGCGUCCAGCAUUGGCUUACCACAUGCCUGCAGAUACUCGAUUUAUUUAUUUUACUCAGAUACUUCCUUCUGUAGCUUACUAUAUGAUUCGUGGACCAUGGAGUCGAGCUUGGGUCCGGUAUGGUUACGAUCCUCGCAAAGAUCCCGAAGCUCGCCGUUAUCAAGUAAUUGAUUUUCGAGUACAAGCUUAUAUGGUUGUACGUAAAUUAUUAUGUCAUUCUUCAUCAAGGAAACGAAUGCUAUGCACGGAUGCGAAUAAACGAGUUUUAGCGGAUUGUCGUAAAUCUUAUGAAUCUGUACAUUCCAGGGAGGAUAGUUUCUUUGACGAACUUUUGAAUAGCUCGAAGAAAUCUCAAGAAGAUAAUAUCGACUACGAUGGAAAUGAUGAGUUAGAUCAGACUAUUAUUGAUGAUGCUGAGGAUGACGAUGCUGAUGACAGAAUACAAAAAAGUUUAGGCAAGGUUGCAGAUUAUCGUUUUGGACCUAAUAACUGGCCAACUACACAUCAAGUCCGUUAUUGUCUCUCAGAUAUAGAGAUUCCUGAGGUACAAGCGAUGUUAGAAGAAGUACCUGAGCGAACUGAAAUUGACCCAGUGGAUGGCUGGCUCCGACCUGGAGGUAUCAAAAAAAUACGUGAUCUUUUAGGGCAAUAUUUAAAAAAGUGGAUAUCUGAAUCAGACCCAACACAUGCAGAUAGUGGAGCCGAGUAAUGACACUCCAUUUUGCACUAUCUAUUGCUUUAAUGUAUCAUGAUUUUGCAUUUUGUCCAGAAUUUUUCUUUCUUAUUUAUACCGUUAUAACAAUUUUCACUUAACAUUGUGUACAUAUUUCUAUUUUUCUUCUUUGCAUAGAGUUUUCUUACCAUCCUUAUACUUUGUUAUACAUUCUAACGAGGAUAUAUUUUGUCUCAGUUCAAUAUCUUUAUUUAAUGGUGUAAUUUCCGAUGGAAAUUUACCUUAUCGGUAUUGUCUUCACACUUUUUCUCAUUGUUCAUUAUUUUGUAACUGCAAACGUUCCUGUGUAAUUUCCACUCUAAAAAAUUAUACGUAAAUGUGUUUUGUUG